AUGUCUUUCGGGUCGCCCUCCCGCAUUCCUCGUCGCUCGGCUCGUUCAUCUCCCUUGCCGUCCCCGCCGUCACUCGAGAUCGCCACCAUCCUCGCUCAGGCAGGUCCAUUCGACGAUCUCAAGUCGCUCGUUUCACCGCUCUCGUUUUCGGGUACUUCAUCAGAUGACGAAAGUGACUUGGAGGACGUGCCGCCGUUCCCCAAGGAUCAUCAGCCGCCUAUCUUUAUCAUCCAGGGUCACCGCGCUCAAGUGCCAUUUGCUGUCCGUUCAGGCGUCAUCGCUCUUGGGGACAUACAUGCCGAUGAACAUACCUCUCAUAUCGUUCUCUCUGCGCCAACGAUCCCGCGCAUGAACUUGGUUAUGAAGGAACAGCUCUUCAUGAAUACCUGGGUUGAGAGGCUAACUCCCCAGCGUCCUCCCAGGCACAUCCCUUGGACCAGCGAUAAUCCUGUUGCACGGCACGAUUGGAUUUCUGAAGGCUCCAUCUUCCCGGCUGAAACAAUCAAGUCACAAAACGGGAAGAUACGGCAAGCACGGAUAGAUGAACGUGUCUCGAAUAGGCCUUCCAACAGAACAGUCCUUCAUUCUACGCCCCCCUCUCCAGGCAUCCGAAACCAUAGAGAGACUGCUGUCAUCUCGAAGGAAAGUCCUGGGCGUCAGGCAGGGUUCAAUCAGUGGUCCGUUCACGUUCCGAUGACUGGUAUCAAACGAGAUACAGCUUCAUCUGGACCACAACCCAGUACGCCCAUCCGCGGACAAAUGGAGACACGGGCUCAGGGUUCCUCGGACAGUCCCGUUCUUGAAUCCUAUUCUGAUAAGACAAUAAAGCAACUGGUGUCCACAUGCCGCAAGUCAUCUCGCGCAUUGCCACAAAUCGGUUCUAUCGAUUCCCUGGCUAUUCGAAGAGGAAAAAAGGUAUCUGGUUUGCAGCUCAAGGAAGUGGACGAUUUGGAGUAUCCUGAUAUACCUACGGCAUUCCGUGGUUCCCCAACCGUCUGGUCGCCGAACUUUGAUCCCGGCGUUUCCACUCCCAACGGAAAACUUUUCACCGAUCACGGUAGUAUGCUAUCAAGCCUCAGAUUGCAAUAUGCUGCACUUGCGAAUGGGACUUCCUCGCCUGUGACAUGCGAGAACAAGGAAUGUCAAGAUGCAUUUGUUGACUCGGUCUCGGAUUCGGUAUCGUCGAUGCCAUCAUCCUCCCGUGACGACGAGUGGGCCUUUGAAAAUGACCUCGAUCUCGAUCUUCAAAGUCCCGUCGAUGAUGUGUCUUGUACUCCGACACCUUCAUUUGCGCCCAAGAACGCACCAGACAGGCCGAGGGAUGCUCUGAACUUCACCCCAGAACGUUGUUCCAUCCGCACCCGCCCAACUCGCUCUCCUUCUCCUCCUCGCCCGCAGCCAGCAGUCCCUGCCGUCAAGAUCUCUCCAGCGCCCCUGACCGGUCCACCAUCUGUCCCUCUCCCUCCUCGUCCUGUUUUGACGAAUCCUUCCACCCCUCCGCGGGUGAGAGGAAUUUUAAAGAAGGUCAAGAGCGUUCGCUUUGAGGAUAUUAGAUGCAGUCAAGAUAUAAGCCUACUCGUCACGCCAGCACCGGAGUCUUCAACAGCAGCAAAGCGCCCUUCUCCUCUAAGGAACAGCUUCAUCGCCCCUGUCGAUGGCGCUCCGUCGGUGACAGACGCAAAUAAGCCUGCAGAUGCUGUACCCGAGACAGGAUCGCCCGCGCCGCAGCCUAAGGCCGAUCAGGGGCCUGUGAUUAAGAAGAAGGCGCAUAUGAUGAAAUCCAAGCUCGUUCCCAAGGGUACUAUACUCAGCUCUCAUCGUGUGUCUGAGGCGGCGCCCACUUUGAAAUUCCUCAAUACCAAUUUGAACGUUUGCCAAGAGGUACCGCCUACACCCGAGCUCACUGCGCCGGCAACCUCUACUCCUGGCCGUCACAACCGUGUUGCCAGUGCAGACAAGGAAAACGGGCGAACUGCGCUCGCUCGUGCUCGCAAGCGAUGGUCGACGAUGAACGAGAACGAUCUCAGGAUUGGAGUGGAGGGUGCCGCACCCAAGAGCCGUCUUACUACGCCUCUCCGGAACAUUUUCAAGUUUAAAUGA